AUGCUUUUCAACCUUCUUUUCCUCUGCUCCACUGCCUUUGCGCACCUUCACUCAUCAUCAGCAAACGACUGGCGCCCUCCUUCCAAAAACGAUCGACGAAGCCCUUGUCCCAUGGUCAACUCUCUCGCCAACCAUGGAUACCUUCCUCGUGACGGCCUUAACAUCUCACUUGAUGACUUGAUUGUAGCCUUCACUGAUGCCGUCAACCUUGACCCAGCCGCUACAACCCUAGUUGGCAAGAAGGCGUUGGAAACCGGUGAUGGUAACACCUUCAACCUCGACGACUUGGCCAAGCACGGUGUUCUCGAGCAUGACGGCAGUUUGAGCCGUGAUGACCUUUACUUUGGCGACAACUCGAGAUUGAACCCUCAAAUCUGGAAACAAACAUUGUCGCACUUUCUUGAACCCUACAUUUCCAUCAAGACGGCUGCCGAUGCCCGCAAGGAUCGUCUUGCGGUUGCUAAUGCCACCAACCCUGAGUUUUCAUUGUCUGCUGAGCAGAAUCAAAUCAGUUUGAUCGAGACUGCUUUGUACUUGACUGUCUUUGGCAACGCUGAGGAUGGAAAUGCGAAUACUAGAUGGGUCAGGACAGUUUUCGAGAAAGAAACGAUCCCUUUCGGAGAGGGAUUCCAGCGAUCUGAGAAGCCGAUUACCGCUGCUCAGAUUCUCGGCAUGGCUGGCAAAGUGGCUCAAGCUGGUAACUGA